CCGAGGCCCCGAGCCAGGCCCAGUCGCCCAGAACACGAUGCUUCCCCGCCUCGCGCCGCCGCUCGGCGGCGCCCUCCCGCGCGUUCUUCGCGGCAUCUGCACCGCCGCGCCGCCGCCAUCCAAGCCCCAGCCCGGACCGCUCUCCCCGUCCGAGCUCGGCACCAUCUCCGCUCUCCUCCCGCGGCUCCUCUCCGCGGGCCACGUCCCCGCCGCGGGGCGCCUCCUCUCCGCCGCGCUCCUCCUCCCGGGCUCCAUACAGCGCCUCCCUCUCCCAGACCUCGCCGCGCACCUCGCCUCGCUCCCGACCCUCUCCGCUGCCUUCGCGCUCCUCACCGCGCUCCGCCACCACCCGGCGCGCCCCUCGCCGCUCCCGCUGGCGUCGCCGCUGCUCGACAGCCUCCUCUCCCAGCGCCGCGCGCGCGACGCGGCCUCCGUGCUGCGGUGGCUCUGCCGCCCGGACUCCCCUCGCCGGCCCGACGCCGCCACCUACGCCGCCGCCGUCGCGGGGUUUUGCCGCCUCGAGGACCCCAGGGGCGCGCUCGCCGCGCUCAGGGAGAUGGCCGCGGACGGGUUGCAGCCCUCGCCUGAGCUGCGGGAGGCGGUGCGGGACGCGAUGCUGCAGGACGCCAGGAUCGAGGAGGCGUGGGCGCUGGAGGAGGCGAUGCGGCUGCCGGAGACGAGCAAGGUUGUGGAGCUGGUCGACAAACUUCUUUCGGAGUGGGAACCCUGAUCCUUUCAGGAGGAAGAACAAUGCAUUGUUGGUGCUUCACUGUGUUGGAUGCAAAGUAACAGGUCGAUGAGCUGGAAGAGAUGACUGGUUUGCACAACUCUAUCUUGAUCCAUCUUCAGGACAGAUUUUGCCCGAACAGACUUCACCCAGAGCAUGACUUGUAGGAUUCUCCCUAAGAUGACGAUUCCUUUAUCUUCUGUAAGUCUGUAUAAUUUGUUUAUGAACACUGGCUGGCAUGCCAUUGGGCGUAUGUAGAAAUUAGAAUAGGUACCUAAGCAGAUUUGGAUAGGCUGAAAUUUUGUUGCUCGUGUGCUUUGCGUUCCGAUGGCAGUUGGAUUUGAAUUCUUUUUAUAGAUGAGUUGGUUUUGAGUUUUGACUUCAAACAUAGUAUUCAUGACCUGUUUCCAUGAUGAAAAUUAACUUGUUACGAAGUUGUUUGUUUUGAACUAUACGCGGUGGAUACUAAGUAAGAGAUGGAUUGUGCCCACAAGCAUAUGGGUAUAUAUUCAGCUUAUUUA